AUGUAUAGAUCUACUCGAGCCGCAAUGAUGCAGCCCAUGGUUAACUCAGGCAUGGGAAUGGCUCCCUUUUUUAAGGUAACAGUGUUUGAGCAGGAGCACUUCCAGGGCAAAUGUCAGGAAUUCACCUCGGAGUGCUGCAACAUCCAGAACUGCGGCAUGGACAACAUUCGCUCCAUCCGUGUGGAGAGUGGCGCCUGGGUGGGCUAUGAGCACCAUGAUUUCCAGGGGCAGCAGUUCAUCCUGGAGAGAGGAGAGUACCCUCACUGGGACGCCUACAGUGGAAACCUGGCUUACCACGUGGAGAGGCUCAUGUCUCUGAGACCCAUCUACUGCGCUUCUCACCAGAGCAGUCGUAUGACGAUCUUCGAGAAGGAGAACUUCCUGGGCCGUAGUGUGGAGCUGUGUGAUGACUACCCUUCUCUGCAGGGCAUGGGCUGGUGCAGCCCGGAGGUUGGCUCCAUGCAUGUGCAGUGUGGCGCUUUUGUAUGUUAUGAGUUCCCCGGAUACAGGGGAAGGCAGUACAUUAUGGAGUGCGAGAGGCACAGUGGUGACUACCAGCACUGGAGGAACUGGGGCUCCCACAGCCAGACCCCUCAGAUCCAAUCCAUCCGCAGAAUCCAGCACUGA